CCCAGGCCGGCAGUCCACAGCGGAGCCGGCCGACAUGAGGGUCGCAGGCGCAGUGCUCGUGCUCUGUCUCGUCAACGGCUGCCGGGCCCAGGAGACCUCACCGCCAGGGGCUGGCGGCGAGCCGGCCGAAGAGUCCCAGGUCGGCUCGAUCCUCGACUCGCUGGGCACUUGGUUCUCGGGCGUCUCGGACAAACUGUACACGGCCGUCACCAAGAACAUAGGCGAGAACAUCGACCUAGCUACUGUCUCCGAUCGCGUCACCGAGCUCAUCCCGGAGUUCGACUACGCGCCCAACACGGUCAUCAACAAAAAUGAGGAAGCAGGCUACGAGGUCCGACACUACCCGUCGCAGCGCUGGGCAUGCACGGCCGAGCCAGUCACCGUCGAGCCCGUCGAAGAAGAGGCUGUCCAGUGGAACCGCACCAAGCUCAUGUUCGACCGGCUCUUCAAGUAUUUCUCCGGCGAGAACAGCAGAGACGAGAAGAUCCAGAUGACGCUGCCGCUGACGAACCGGUUCGACGCCUACUCCGAGUACCCCACCUACAACAUGUGCUUCUACAUCCCGAGGGCGCUCCAGAGCAGCCCGCCGACGCCCGACGACCCGAACGUUGAGCUCACUUUGUGGCCGGCCAAGACGUUCGUGGUCCGACGGUUCGGCGGGUUCGUGCUGUACCGACGCGGCUGGGACCGGGCGGCGUUCCUCCUCGAGAAGAUCAGCCGCGAGCAGGGCCUGCAGGGCAUCGACUUCACCAAGUACUACAGCGUCAACUACGACCUCCUGGUGAAGUUCUGGAACCGCAAGAACGAAGUGUGGUUCGAGCUGGCGGCCUGAUGCAGGGCCGGCCGCUCGGCGCCCGGACGAUG